GCCCAGUUUGUUUUGACGUCUCCUGGAGAAAGGAAGUGGCUUGCAGCAGUUGACAUUCGUAGUACGUUUGAGCGACCGGACGUGGUUGGAGUUGUUCCGCGGAAGCAACAACAGCAAUGAAAACGAAUUUGUAGCCACACUAUGUUGCACUGGCCUGUAGCUUUUAUUGAAUAUCUCAGCAACUGUAUUGCAAGUGAAUGUAGCAGACUAGGAAGUAGGAACGUGGGCCUGAAGAAAAUGCCGUCCUCCUGGCUAAUGUACAUAUUUUUAUAUGUCUUGGUCUGUGAUGGAGUUGUAGCACAAGUGGAAAAUCGGGUGGUUUUCCUGUUCAACACCUUUCAGAACGUGAAUGUGAAUGAGAACGAGACCGUGCAGGCUGUGGUCUCCAGAAUCCCCCUUGACGUGGCCUUUAUCACCCUCCAGUUCCACACACAGCACAGCAAUGCUACGCUGUCCUACACCAGGAUGCCAGAGCUUGGCCUCUCUCUAACAGCGGUGGACUCAGGCCUUCUCUCACCCCUGAUCCCCGGUCAGACCAAGCUCUCCUGGUUCCUGCUGGCCCCUGAUGGGGACUCUGUGGCCGGCACUGGGGUCAUCCUCCCCUACACCAGCUCUGACCCAGUCCCUGGAGCUUGUAAUCUGGAGUUUGGCCUGGACAUUGACCCAAAUAUCUAUCUCCACUACAACAUUUUUGAGACUACUAUCCGAUUUGCACCUGCAAAUAUUGGAUAUUCAAGGGGCUCCAAUCCGCCCGCCUGUGACACUGAAGAAGUAGGUGAAAACACUCGAUGGCGCCUGAGGUAUGACAUCUACCAGUACUUCCUGCCUGAGAGUGACCUUUCAGAGCAGAGCCUCAUCACCAGCAUCCAGAGUGUGGCCAAUGUGCAGACCAUGAAAGAGCAUGGGAAAAGGGUCAUGACACUAUCAUCCAAUGAUAAGACAGAGGUAGAGUUUAGCUCCAUCCCGGGCCAGGGUGUCAUCUACUCUGUCAUAGUCAGAGACCCAGUGCUUAACACCUCUUCCUCGUAUAUCCCUGUCCACACCUACGCAUGCAGCUUCUCCUCCACCCUAGAUGGCUGCGACACUCUGGGGAAGAUAUCCACAAGGAUCUUCUUCACCAUCGCUGGUUUAGCUGGCCUCUUCGUGUGCUUCUUUGGGCACCGCUUCUUCAAAUGUGAGCUAUUCUGUAUGGGCUUUGGCUUUGCAGCGUUUCUUUUUUUUGUCCUGAUCACAAGAACUACAAAACUGGACUAUGACAUCCGCCUGACCCUGGCAGCAGUGAUUGGCGUAGUGGGGGGAGUUAUCCUGGUGACGAGCUGGUGGCGCUUCGGCUCAGUUAUGUCCUGUGUCGUCGUCGUCGGUCUCAUGUUGGGGUUCCUCAUCUCCUCCAUUGUCUUCUUCACGCCUGUCGGUGACAUACAGGUGUUCCGUUCGAAUGUGGUGUUCUGGGUGACGUUCAGCUGCAUCGUGGUGGGGGUACCGCUCUUCUUUGUCCGCUGGCCAAGAGAGGGUAACAUCAUUACGUGUGGUGUAGCUGGAGCCUAUGCUGUGGUGCUGGCUGUGAAUGCUUACAUAUAUACCAGCCUCUCCUACAUCACCCUUAACAUCCUCAAACGCUUCCUCAACGACAACUUCAGCAAGGCCUUUACUGAUGUGCCUUUCCAGGACAUUGAUUUCAUCAUGAUCACAGUGUGGGUGGUUCUAGGUGUGUCUGGUAUCGUGCUACAGCUCUACCGGGAACGCACACGGCCCUUCUUCCCCCCCAGCCCUUACCUCAUGUGGCUGCAAGAGCGGGAGCGCCGCAAGACCAACAUUCUGGACCCAAGCCACCACACGUCCUCACUCCCUUCCCGUCUCCUCGCCCGUGCCCGACAGCUGACUGGCAGGAGAGAGUCCGCUGGCGAGUGCACACCCCUCCUCCUUUAAACCCACUCAUUUUACCCAGCCAGGUAGACAGAUUCACCCCACUAGGAGGGUGCUAUGGGGCAUGGGCUCUCUAUCUACAGGGAAAGCACCAUUGCGUUUGGAGUCUUUCUAUUCCAGAUUAUGUAUGUUUUCAUGCCUUUGAUGAUGGUAACAGUCCAUUAAGGUAGUGUUUAUAUGCCUGGGGAGGAACUUUGUCACGAAGUGCACACAGAGAAUUUUCAAAAUAUUAUUUUCAAGCAUGAUUUGAUUCACUUCCUCAGUCUUGUGGUAUUUGGCUGCAUGUUCUUAGAGGGUACUGAGGAUGUUGUUACCGCAGCCACUUAAUAUUGUGCCAAAAUAGUUGGCCACUAUCUCCCCUAGUACAUCACAGUGCCUUUAAACAACUAGGGUUACAGCAUACCGGUAUGGGCAACAUAUGUGUUUUAGUACCCCUGAAUAGCACAAGAAAACAUUUGGAACAGUAAGAUGCAGACACAUCAUGCAGACAGUCUUUUUGAAAUGGCUUUGACAGCAACAUUUGGUAGGUAGGUAUUCAUUUUAGUGUAAAAGUAAGUAUACUUUGUUUAUCUUAAUACCACUCAAUGAAAUUGGAGGGCAUAUGUCCCGCCAGUUUUAAUGGGUAUGACACCACUGUUCUGGGUAUGCCCAUUUUGGCUCCAAUGGCUGCAAAUUGUUUUUAAUGUUUUGUCAACAUUUUCGUAUGCAAACUCACUUUUACACCAUGUUCUGUAAAACUGAGGCCACUAUUUUUUUUCUAUUUACACAUAUGAACAAUUACAUUUAAGAAAUAUGAGCAAUGUUUAUAUUGAAAUAUGCAUGUGUUUUGGGGACCCUUUUUGCGAAACAGUUGUUGAAUCGAACAAUUAGUGGUAUGGGUGGGAACUUGCAGCAUAAAAUGUAUCCUCUCUUGAUUUCAUGGACAUGUUUGAUAGCACUCUAAAAUCAUAAACCACAAGUGGCAGGUGUAGGUGGAUCCUGAGCACUGACGUUUAUAGGAAAUGGUGAUAUAGCCAAAAUCAAAUGUAUUUAUAUAGCCCUUCGUACAUCAGCUGAUAUCUCAAAGUGCUGUACAGAAACCCAGCCUAAAACCCCAAACAGCAAGCAAUGCAGGUGUUGAAGCACAUUGGCUAGGAAAAAC